AUGAAAGUAAGUACAAGUGAAUUCAACGAAAAACCAUCUAUUUUUACAGCAUUAAAUGAAAUAAACGAUGAUGAUUCACUGAAUGGCUCCGAUGUAAAACAAUCAAUUACGCGUUGUUCAGAUGACUCGAAUAACACUGCAUGUCGACUUUUAACAUUGGUUGAUAUUCAUCAGGCAUUAAAUACGAUUGAAAUCCGUCAACAAUUAUCUCGUAAAAGAGCAAACUCUUCCGAUAGGGAUAUAUCAGCAAUGUCAAGUGAACAAACGACUCAAUCAACUUGCGACUACAAUUGUUGCCGUCUCGUUCAUUCCGAUAAAUCCUCUCGGUUAUUAUUACCAUUGGCGCGUCGUGGUCGUGCACACCAUAUACCAUCAAGGUCUACAAGUUUAUUAUGCAAAAAUUGUGUGAAAAUCAAACAAGAACAACAAAAUAGUAUUCUUCAAAAAUAUCAACAAAUAGAUAAUGAUGACGAUGACGACGACCAUGAAAAAGAAUCAAUGAAUAUAUUUGAUUCAAUAACAAAUACCGAUAAACCAAUGGAACAAGAAAAUAAACAUCAAAUGAUAACACGAGAUAUUCCGCAUGAAAUUGAAUUUUCGUUGAUAAAUGAUGAUGAAAAAAAUAAUACAGAUAAUUCUGAAUAUGAAUCAGCUCGCAUGCUUAUUUGGAAAAUAAAUACAUCAAAUAAUCAUAAUCAAACAAAUGCAAUCGAUGCGUCAUAUGACACGGGUUCAUUAACAAAUAAUGAGAAAAAAAAAUUACUUCAAGAAGCCAUAAGAAAACUACAUAUCGUACUAAGCAAUCGUUCAACAUCACCAUCAACAACAACAACAACAGCAACAACAACAACAACAACGAUACCAGAUACUGAUUUAGACGAAAUUGAAUUUACUUAUCGGGCUUUACAAACAACGGUUAACAUUCUUUCAUCAUCACUUGAGUCACUAUGA